AUGACUUCACCACUUGCUGGUCCCGCCAUCUUUCAGAGAUCCAUGACUCUCCUGCCUUCUCCCCUCGCUCAAUCCACCUUGGGCGAGAAGUGCGCUGUCUACCUGGACCACGUCACCGACAACAUCCCCGAGUUCCUGCACUCCCUCCGCCCCCGACUGGAUCCGUAUCUGACUUACCUGUCACCCACGCCCUUUCGCUCCGUCGCGCAAGCCCUCCCAUUCGACGCCGACGAACAAACAACCGCUAUCUGUGCGGCUAUCCUUAUCUGCAUACUCACCAUUGUCGGAAUGAGCUGGGGUAACCCCCUUUCUGGCUUCUGGCGCCGUUCGCCAAACUACGCUACCGCCCCGCAGGUCAGCGACGAGGAUUUUAGUUAUAUCACACCGGAUUAUAUUGUCGACCCACCGGCACACGGUGGUCAAUAUGCAGGAAGUGCUGCCGACAACGAGCCAGAUAUCAUUCGUCUCCGACACCGCGGUACCAUCUACCCUCUACACUUCCCCGCAUUCGCUAUCGACGAUGGUGUGUUGACAGUCGCUGCGCUUCGACAGGCGGCCGCGGCGAAAGUGGGCGCCAACAACCCGAACCGUGUUCGAUUACUGUACAAAGGGAAUCUGUUGAAAGAUGACUCGCGACCAUGCAAGGCAGAGGGCCUCAAACAGCACUCAGAGGUUCUGUGCGUGGUGUCAGAGGUCGACGCCAACACCCCAAGUGACCACUCAGACCGUGACAGUGGCCAGUUGAGCGAUUCCAGGGUCCGUCCUGAUUCAUCGGCAUCUCGCAUCGGCGGAGACGAAGACGGGGACUCAGGCUCGGCCUCCAAGUCCCGCAAAAAGUCUAAGAGCAAGAACAAGAAGAAGAACAAGGGAAAGAAGACGACCGAGGGCAACCCUCCCCGCGAUGAUUUCCUAGCGCCUCCCUCUUCGGUCCCGUCGCGUCCCACCUCAUCGGGCGGCUCAGCGUAUAUGCCACCUCCGUCGCCUAACAUUAAGGAACUGGGUGCAUUGGAGCAGGUAUCUGCACUGCUUGGAUACCUCCAGCAAGAGAUUGUACCACUAUGUGAUGAGUAUGUGGCGGACCCGCCCACGGACCCGAAGAAGCGGGAGUUUGAGCACAAGAAGCUCAGCGAGACGAUCCUGGCGCAGAUUAUGCUCAAGGCAGACGGAAUCGUGCCGGAUGGCGACGUGACGAUUCGCAACGCGCGCAAGGCUUUGAUCAAAGAAGCGCAGGCAAACUUGGACCGGCUGGACCAGGUCGGGAAAUAG